UUUCCCAUAAAACUUGCCCCAAGUAAACUAACCACAACUUUGACAACUGAGCUGCAGAGCAGAGAAGAUCAUCUUGGAAACUUGAAAAUGAAAUACUUUCUUCUGCCAACUCAUUUAGCAUUUCUCUAUAGCUUUGCACUAAGUAAACCUGUCCAGAUAGCUACAAGAAACAAUGACUUAGGUAGUGAAAUAGCUGUGUAUGAAGGAGACAUCCUCUUGAGAAGAGGACGACGCAGUGCAAUUAACUGUGAGAGUUGUUUAUGGCCUAAGUCACAAGAUGGACUAGUCAAGGUUCCAGUUAACAUCUCUGCUGAUUUCUCCCUAACAGAGAGGUCUUGGAUUGCUGAUGCUCUGCAAGAGAUCUCCACACUGACCUGUGUGCAGUUUGUAAAUCGCACUACAGAAACAGACUACGUGUAUGUCGAACACGGGCAGAGUUGCUGGUCUUACUUUGGAAAAAUUGGAGGACGUCAAGCAGUAGGCCUGGUGAAAAAUGGUUGCAUGGAUAAAGGAGCAAUUCAGCAUGAAAUGAACCACGCGCUGGGUUUCAUCCACGAACAGGCACGGAGCGAUCGGGACAGAUUUGUCAAGAUUAUGUGGGAACACAUAGUGGCAGGGGAACAAGGGAACUUUGGAAAAAUGAAUUCCAGAAACCUGGGUCUUCCCUACGACUACUCUUCAGUGAUGCACUAUGGCGCGUACGAUUUCUCCAGCACUCCAGGGAAACCAACUAUUGUACCAGUUCCUGACCCCUCUAUACCCAUUGGGCAGAGAGAAGGGCUGAGUAACUUGGAUGUAGCCAAAAUCAACAAGCUCUACAAGUGCAAUUGCUGUAGCUCUGUGUUGCCUAAAUCCAAAGGCUCAUUCUCCUCUGUCAAUUACCCAUCUCCGUAUCCGAACAACAGCAACUGUCUGUGGUUGAUCCGCAUCCGUCGAAGUAAGGUUUUCCUGCAGUUUGAGGCUUUUGAUCUUCAACCCUCCCCAGACUGUUCUUCUGACUAUAUAAAAAUUUACAAUGGAAACAGCAGGAAUUCCCCUGUCUUGCUGGACAAGUACUGUGGGAAGGGUCCAUUGCCCUCCUUAGUGGCAUCUGGAUCAACAAUGCUGGUAGAGUUUGCAAGUGAUGAGAGCAUUACAGCCACAGGAUUCAGAGCCUCCUACAACAGGGUGAAUUGUGGAGCCACUUUCAGAGAUUCAAAUGGAGUCAUCACUUCUCCAAACUACCCUAAUAAAUACCCCAAAAACAGAGCAUGCUUCUGGAUCAUCAGUUCUCCAGUAGGAUACAAGAUAUCUCUCAAAAUGUUAUCCUUUGAGCUGGAAUAUAGUGACAGAUGCACCUACGACUACUUGCUCAUACAUGAUGGAAGCCAACCUACAUCACCUGCAGUUGGCCCUUACUGUGGGACAGAGAAGGUUGCAGACUUUACUUCCACUGGGAACUUUGUGCUGGUUGAAUUUCACAGUGAUAUAGUUUGGGAGUUGCCCGGAUUUGUGAUGAGUUAUACAUUUGGUAGGUAAGUCCUAUACAGAUGGGGGUUGAAAAACACAGAAUGAAAAUAAGAGUCCAGCUAGCCAAAGGUAAAAGUCAAAAUGCCACCAAUUUCAGAAAAAAAAUAUAGCUCCCUGAUACCUUUCACAAGCUUGAAGCUUGAUCUCUUAGUCUUACGUCUGCAGUGGUGUAAUUUGCAUGGUGAAUCAUGGACAGAAAUGUUCCUGCCCAUGGGAUGCUUCUGUCUAGAUUGUAGGCUUUUUGUUUUACUAAUUCCAUUGCUGGUGUUGCAUGGCCAAAUACAAUAGCAGAGCUGAAACUAUGUAAACAGAUUUUCAACAACUUCUAGUGGUAGAAACUCUGCCCAUAAAAAAAAUCCAGAAUAUGGCUACGUAGCAACUUUAGCCUGUAUUCUGGUAAAUGUUAUUACCCAACCCUAAUGUGCAUUCCAGCAUACAUACAGAAAAACCUUCAGACACAUACUUAUUUAUGCUUUGAAGCCAAGAUCACUUACACAGUUCCUAUAAGCACCUGAGCUUAGCCUGGAAAUCACCAUUUUACAGUGAAGGUGCAAACUAGGAUGAUUGUACAGCAUCUCAACUUGAAGAAUUGCACUACCCUCUGUGAGAUGAAUGAGGUCAGGGAACAAAUUUAAUUUAAGAAACAGUUAAGAGUGGCAGGAACAAGCAGUGAGGGAGAGGAAAUGGAGUGAAGCACCUAUUGUUGCCACUUUGCUGUGGCCUGAGUCAGGUAUUGAAAUUGUCCAUGGGGUAUUACCAAAAUACUUUUUAAAAAUGAGGCCUGAAAACUUAAUGCAAAGUGCAUUUAUUGAAUGUUCUCUUUGGAGAACAUUUUAGGUGUGAAGUACCUUGUCUGUAGAGAGAAAUCUUCCUCCUCUGAGAAGACAGCUGAAGAGGAGAAAGAAAUCACCACCAUAAACAGCUAGCACUUUGCCUUGAUUUGAUGUAUUCAGAAUUGAAUGCUAAUGCCAAACUGAGAUAUACGAAAAUGUAAUAAAUAAUAAAAGUUUUUGCUGAAAUUAUGCUUUUGUGAAGAAGAGCAUGUGGAAAAUGCCAAUUUGCUUUCCUGGUGCUAGGAAGGCAGCCAAGAAAAUUUUGAAUUAUGAUGACUUUUUUGUGUGUGUGUGGUUUUGUUUUUUUUUUUUUAAGAUACUGUAAUGUCUUGCUUUUUAAGCACCAGCUAAUUUUCACCCACAGAAGACUGAUAAAUUAUGGACAUCAGGGUCUAGAGCUCGCAUCAUGGUAGGAAAGUGCAUGCAUAGCAGGCAACAAAU